AUGUCUUAUCCUGAGAAAUUUGAAGGUAUCGCUAUUCAAUCACACGAAGAUUGGAAAAACCCAAAGAAGACAAAGUAUGACCCAAAACCAUUUUACGAUCAUGACAUUGACAUUAAGAUCGAAGCAUGUGGUGUCUGCGGUAGUGAUAUUCAUUGUGCAGCUGGUCAUUGGGGCAAUAUGAAGAUGCCGCUAGUCGUUGGUCAUGAAAUCGUUGGUAAAGUUGUCAAGCUAGGGCCCAAGUCAAACAGUGGGUUGAAAGUCGGUCAACGUGUUGGUGUAGGUGCUCAAGUCUUUUCAUGCUUGGAAUGUGACCGUUGUAAGAAUGAUAAUGAACCAUACUGCACCAAGUUUGUUACCACAUACAGUCAGCCUUAUGAAGACGGCUAUGUGUCGCAGGGUGGCUAUGCAAACUACGUCAGAGUUCAUGAACAUUUUGUGGUGCCUAUCCCAGAGAAUAUUCCAUCACAUUUGGCUGCUCCACUAUUAUGUGGUGGUUUGACUGUGUACUCUCCAUUGGUUCGUAACGGUUGCGGUCCAGGUAAAAAAGUUGGUAUAGUUGGUCUUGGUGGUAUCGGCAGUAUGGGUACAUUGAUUUCCAAAGCCAUGGGGGCAGAGACGUAUGUUAUUUCUCGUUCUUCGAGAAAAAGAGAAGAUGCAAUGAAGAUGGGCGCCGAUCACUACAUUGCUACAUUAGAAGAAGGUGAUUGGGGUGAAAAGUACUUUGACACCUUCGACCUGAUUGUAGUCUGUGCUUCCUCCCUUACCGACAUUGACUUCAACAUUAUGCCAAAGGCUAUGAAGGUUGGUGGUAGAAUUGUCUCAAUCUCUAUACCAGAACAACACGAAAUGUUAUCGCUAAAGCCAUAUGGCUUAAAGGCUGUCUCCAUUUCUUACAGUGCUUUAGGUUCCAUCAAAGAAUUGAACCAACUCUUGAAAUUAGUCUCUGAAAAAGAUAUCAAAAUUUGGGUGGAAACAUUACCUGUUGGUGAAGCCGGCGUCCAUGAAGCCUUCGAAAGGAUGGAAAAGGGUGACGUUAGAUAUAGAUUUACCUUAGUCGGCUACGACAAAGAAUUUUCAGACUAG